AAGUGCGAGCCGCGGUAGGGAAGCGGGCGCUGCGCCGUGCCCCUAUUCUCAGCCCCCACCCUGCUGCGGGCCGGGCCGUGCGACCCGCGCUGCGGAGCGGCAGCUACUUGAUUAGCAAGAUGAAGCCUGCUAAAUUGCACUAUUGGAUAUUGGGUUGUUUUUCUAUGGCACUGUGUUGUUGGUGUACUUCAGAUAAAUUCCCUCAGAGUGAUAGCCAUUCUCACACCUGGAAAAAGCUGUAUCUUGCUCACCACUGGCCAGUGACUGUAUGCAAGAUGAGUGCUAAUGAUUGUCAAGACCCUCCAGACUACUGGACAAUUCAUGGGCUGUGGCCUGACAAAGGUGAAGAAUGUAAUAGGACGUGGCAUUUCAACGUCACAGAGAUUAAGGAUCUUAUGUCAGACAUGAGACGCUAUUGGCCUGAUGUGAUUCAUUCAUCUCUGAAUCGCACCCACUUCUGGAAACACGAGUGGGAGAAGCAUGGCACUUGUGCAGCCUCACUUCCGAUUCUAGAUUCUCAGAAGAAAUAUUUUAGUAAAACCCUGGAACUCUACCAGCAUGUUAACCUUAAUGGUUUUCUCCUGAAAGCUGGGAUAAAGCCAGGCAGUACAUACUACCAGAUGGCUGAUAUAAAGGAAGUGCUUACAAAACUUUAUGGUGUUACACCAAAGAUCCAAUGUCUUCCUCCAGAAGAGAGUGAAAAAGCACAAACACUGGGUCAGAUUGAAUUCUGCUUCACCAAGGAAUUGAAGCUGAGGAACUGCACAGAGCCAAAGGGUGAAUCCAGCCAAAUGCACAGCAGCUUGCAGCUUGUGACAGAGGAGUUAUCUGUCUGCAAUGACACUCUCCCAGUCUAUUAUCCUUCACAAGUCCAAGAUCACAAAUGGAGCCUCAAGAGCUUGAAAAAACUUCUUCAACAAAACAAGUUAAUGACAACAAUCCCUUAAAGUCAUACCUUGGAAAGCAAUUUUGACUUAGCAAUAUUACAAAACCUUGCCUGUAUCAGGUGUUCUGAGGGCACUUCUGCUUGGGGAAAAAAACCAAAAAAAAAAAAAAAUGCUUUGGCCAUUGUAAAAGAAAAUCAUUUGCAUUGUAAUACCAGCUAUGUAGGCUGAAGUCUUGAAUUGCUGGUCUGGUACAGAUGAAAUCAGAAUCUAAUUUAGAGCUCUGUCUGUACUUCUUGGCUUAUUUUAUAAUUUGAAUCAGUGUUCAAAUAAGCUGUGACGACUUAGUUUCAUUUGCAGUUCAAUCUGCCACUUCAGCCACAUGUUUUUUUGGCAGUGACUCAGGGUAGCUAAGUUAUUCUUUGUUUUCAAAAGAUGCUUAUCAACUUGAGAUGACAAUUUAUUGAAGAGAAUAUUGUAAAAUGGAAGAAAAUGAGGUCUGUCUGCUUUGUGUAAAUAUGUUCUCCAGAAGCACUGUAGCAUUAAACCUUUCCUCACUCAGAUUACAGGUGCCCAAAAAUGACAACCUUUUAACAAAUAUACUUAUUGGCAUCUGCUAAAAGAACCCUGAGAUUGUACUUGCAGCCUCACCUGUUCAUAGGUUGAUUUUGGCCCAGUGACUAAUACCAUCAUGAAGAGUGACUGGUUUUAAAUUGUCUGCUUUUAUAGGAAAAUAAUAUUAGACUCUAGAAAUAUUCUUAAUGUUUAACAAAUUUGAACAAUUAGCAAUUAAUCCCAUAACAAUAACAUGCCACAAAGUUGCAUGCUUCCAAGUAAGACUGAUUUAGAUGAGAUCCUUUACGCAGUGCUAUGGUGAUGCAAGUGUCUCAAAUUGUCUUUGAAAGGCAAUUAGGACUCAAAGAACCAUCUGUUAGAGAAGUGUAUUACUGCAAAAAUGGUAAAAGCAUUGUUAAGGACAAAUUUAUGUUAUCUUUUAGGUUUAGAAACCAUUUGUAUUUACUUGGCUUGUCCCUGUACCUCUCCUUUAAGGCGGUUACCUUGCCAUUCCAGAGUACUGUGGUUGUAUUUUUUUUUCCAAGUCCUCUCUAGAAAAGGGAGGGUUCAAGUCCUCUCUAGAAAUUUGAAUUUUUUUUUUUUUUUUUUUAAUACAUGAGAUGGGGUAUGAUCUGCAUUUUAGCAUGUCAACACUUCAGUAAAGCAUGGGUUUUUCUUUCCAACUUCUUUCCUUCCUGUGUCAAGGAAUGUAACAGAUCUGGAGUAUGUUAUACAGCCUUUAAAGUCAAAACUAAAAAAAAAGUUAUCCUUUUAUUCUUUUUCCCUACACCAUUAUUGUUGUAGUGGAAAUACUCAAAAUUGAUCUUUGACAUCAAAAAUGUCGAAUUCAGAAGGGAAAAGGCAGAGGAUGGAGUAUGUGGUACUUGUUGUAAAGCCAUAUAAGCUCACUGCUGUUUUAAGUACAUUAGUGUUUAUGGGUUAACUAAUUUCAAGGGCUGUGUGAUUGUUAAAUUUGAGAGUGGUGUUUUUUUUUUUUUUUUUUUUCCAGUGACUUUUGUUUGGCUGAAAUUCACCUUUACAUCUUUUUUGAAGUGUAACAGGAUGAAUCCUGCUCUUGAUUCAGUGAGAACUUUGCACAUGUUUCUGAGUGGAAGGUGAUUCAAAGACCAGAAAUUACCUGUUGUGCAUUGGUAUUUUUGGCCAUUUUUCAGGGAGUGCUGUGAUGGUCCAGUAUUUUCUCUGGGGUUGACUUUAAUAAUUGUGUAAUGUUCUUGUAAGAACAGUAAAGAGCACACUAUAAAACUUCUGUAUAUGUAUAUGUUUGUGUAUGCAUUGUACAUGAUAUAUCACAUCUGUUUGCAAUUAAGAACACCAAUACAGCUUAAUUAUGAACACAGUUCUCAAUUAGAACAACUGACUUCUCAAAAUCUGUAGAUGUUGUCAUCUUGGGAGCAAGGGUAACAUGAGAAAAAAGAUAUAAAAUCUGUAAUAGUACACUGCUGUCAGAUGAAUGGUUGCUGGGGCUGCUGGUUAUUUUAAUUCUUCUUCACAGCUGAGGAAAAGCUCAAAUAGAAACAAUGGGAGUGUUGCUGGUUCUUGUACAGGCUUAAUGGAAGCUUGAGUCAAUAGCCUGAUUUUUUUUUUUUUUUUUUUUUUUUUUUAAUUGUAGUGUAAGUUGUUUUCCUUUAUAUCUUCAAAUAAUGCCUAGGGAGACAAAAUAUAUUAUGUACAAAAUCUCCAUAGUUCACAUGUAAUGCAUUAGUUACAUAUUGCAGACCACAGCUGCAAAUACCAGCUUCAGAAGGAAGUAGCAUAGACACAGCCUUUAUAGUGUGAUGCUACACGUUCAAGCUGAUUCUUGCAAAAUGGUCAGCAGAUCAAGACAAAUCAAAGCUAUUGACCUCUGCAGAGCAGACAGUGCAGCUUCCAUAUACUUUUCGGCCUUCUGCUCAAAUGCAAGCAAUGUGAAGGAGCUGCCAAGUUCCAGAACUUAGAGGAUAACCUGUAUCAUCUGAAAUGGGAGAGGAAAAAGGGAGGCUGCACAGCCAGCAGUACGCUGAACAAGAAUCCUGCUACUAAAUGAGAAAGUGAUUGAUGAGGGUUAAGUCAAGAUGAACUAAAAAUAAAUCAGAGACAGAAUCUCAGCAUGGCUGAGGCUGGGAGGGACCCCCUGGGUGUAUCUGGUCCAAUCCUGCUCCAGCAGGGACAUCCAGGCCUUUGUCCAAUACAUUUAGUUUUUCAGCUUAUAUAUUAACAAUAUGCAACCACUGUGACUUGGUAUUGAUAAUCCCACUUGUGUAACUUCUAGGAUGAUGGGAAGGCUUUUGAAAAACAAUUGGCUGACUUAUGCAAGCAACUUCAGAGAUCUGUACAAAGGAUUCCCUAAAGACAACCGAAAGAGCAGAUGAAUGAAUGGUAGCACCAGUUCAGACCAAAGAUUAUGGCUAUCCCUAUCAAUGACUCGCAGCCAAUUACCAACCUUGGCAAUUGCUUUUCAUCAGGUUGUGUGCAAUUCUAAGUGUUUUACUAAUACAAUUUAAGUACAAGAGGUAAACAAAGGUAUGUUGGGAAUCUCAGGAAUUGCUUUCAGUUCUGAAAAGUGGUGCUUACUUCCUUAACCAAAAUAAAAUCUGCCAGCCUUGAAAACUGAA